UCCAGGCUAACCAAUCCCAGCUCCCUCUGCCUCGAAGGCUGCUACAAGGUUUGCCAGGAGUCUUCUUUUCUCCAGGCUGCACAGCUCCAACUCCCUCAGCCUGUCCCCUUCCGGAAGAUGCUUCAGCCCUAAUUAUGUUAAUUUCUAUCUCCUGUUCUUCUGCAUAGCACAUGCAGGCAUAUAAACCCCAUUAAAUUCCAAAGUGGGCCACGAGGGGGUUUUCUCAUCAGGUCUGUGGGAAGACAACAACAUCUCCAAGAAGUCUUCCAUCUGGAAAACAGUAUUACUUCCUUUUCUCUAAUUUUUUCCCACCUUUAUUGCUUUCCUUAGGUUUGCAACAAUGGUUAAAGAGGAUAUUCUAAAUGACAAUGAAGACUCUGAACCAACAGUAUAUGACAGAAAUGGGAUGAUUCCCAUGCAUGAGCAAAGCAAGGAGGGACCACCAGCAGAUGCCAAAGGUACUGAUGGGAAUAUACAAACAGAAGAAACUGCUCUCUUGAAUCACUGUGUUCAGCAGCCCCCAGAACCAGCAGUGGGGUCUUCAACACCUGCAAGAACAUGGAGGCACAUAUGUACUUGUCCUCCUCAGGGUUUACUGGCCCAAACAGUAACAAAUGUUGCAAUUGUGGUGCUGGUCUGGGCUGUGGUUUGGUCUAUCACCGGUACUGAGUCUCUCCCAGGUGGAAAUCUCUUUGGAAUACUGUUUCUUUAUUUUUUUGCUGUCAUUGGAGGCAAAAUUUUUGGAUUCAUUAAAAUAGGAACACUGCCUCCUCUCCCUGCUCUUCUGGGGAUGCUACUUGCUGGUUUCCUAAUCCAAAACACUCCAUUCAUUAGUGACAUUGUCCAAAUAAACCUACGCUGGUCUGCAGCACUGAGGAACAUUGCUCUCUCCAUUAUCUUGACCCGAGCAGGACUUGGCCUGGAUCCAAAGGCUCUUAAGAAGCUCAAAGCAGUUUGUUUAAGGCUUUCUUUUGGACCGUGCCUCUCAGAAACAUGUGCAGCUGCUGUUCUUGCUCACUUGUUCAUGGAUUUGCCAUGGCAAUGGGGAUUUAUACUAGGUUUUGUUCUAGGUGCAGUUUCCCCUGCUGUGGUGGUUCCCUCAAUGCUGAUUUUACAAGCUGGAGGAUAUGGGGUGGAGAAAGGUGUCCCAACUUUGCUAAUGGCAGCUGGAAGUAUUGAUGACAUUCUGGCUAUUACAGGCUUCAACACUUGCCUUGGGAUGGCUUUCUCUUCUGGUUCUACUUUGAACAACGUGCUCCGUGGUGUGCUGGAGGUUGCUGUUGGCAUAGCAGCUGGGGCAAUUCUGGGAAUGUUUGUUCGCUAUUUCCCAAGCCACGACCAGGCAUCUCUGGCAUGGAAGAGAUCAUAUUUUGUACUUGGACUGUCCAUGUUUGCUGUUUUUGGCAGCAUCUACUUUGGCUUUCCUGGAUCAGGAGGGCUCUGCACGUUAAUCUUAGCUUUUGUGGCAGGUGUGGGAUGGUCUGAUGAAAAGAGGGAAGUAGAAAAAAUUGUUGCAGUUGCAUGGAAUAUCUUUCAACCUUUCCUUUUUGGUUUAAUUGGAGCAGAAGUAUCAGUCACGUCUCUGAGGCCUGAAACUGUUGGUAAGUGUGUGGCUACACUAGGCAUUGCCCUAGUUGUGCGAAUCACAGCAACAUUCCUGAUGGUGUGUUUUGCUGGUUUUAAUUUCAAGGAGAAAGUAUUCAUCUCAUUGGCAUGGAUUCCCAAAGCCACUGUCCAGGCUGCAAUAGGUUCCCUUGCCCUAGAUACAGCAAGAAGACAUCAGGAUGAGCAACUAGAAAAGUAUGGAAUGGAUGUACUGACAGUAGCUUUCCUGGCCAUCUUGAUCACUGCUCCAAUUGGAGCCCUGGUUAUUGGCUUGGCAGGGCCCAGACUUUUGGAGAAGGUUCAGAUAAGUAGCAAGGAGGAUGAGGAAGGUGCUGAGGUUGGAGAAGAGGCAGAGGCCUGUGAUGCUUCGUAAGACAGACAUCUACAGGAAUGCUGUCCUUACACUUCUGCUGAUUAAACACAGUUUGUCUGUAAUCUUUCUAGAGGGAACCAAAACAAGUGUCAGCCUUGUCUCUGCUAUCUAAAUCAACUCUGGCAGAGCUGUAUAAAAUACUUCUCUGUGUGAAUGGUGCCUUAAAAGAUGAAAGAACUGAACAGACAGUGAAUAAUACGCUGGCCAGGUAGUGAGUCACUGAGAAGUCAGCAGUCAACAGUUACCUGAAAUGGAUGGGUGUAAGGCCAGGAAGAGGAUCAGAAGAAUGGAAUCAUGAGGUGAAAUAUAAAUAGGAAAAAAAAAAAGACUAAAAGUGAAUACCUUCUUGAUUGCUGGAACUGGGCAGUGAGAUGACAAGUGUGACAGCUCAGAGAACGAACGUCUGAAUAAGAGACUGCUGACACACAGUGAACAAGUCCUGCCAUGGGUUGGUGAUCCCCUCUUUCUUCACUAAGGUUCCAGAACUUGUCUUUUUCUGUCACUGCUCUUCCUCACAACUCAUGCACUCCUUUGUGCCUUCAAGGGAUGGUCAGCUCUGGGCACUGGAGGAAACAGCAAGUGCUACUAUUGUGCUGAAAGAGACAGUUGGGUCUAUCACAGACUGUGGUAAUACUGGUGCUGCCGAUACCGAUACAAGAAAGAGAGGAGGAGCUUGAAAACGAGAUGAGGGCUGUGUGGAUACUAUCAGGCCUGAGCUGAAGUCCUGUGGGAUUGGAAUAUCUGCUGCUUCACCUGUGUACCUCAGCCUUUGCACAACCAGAUGUCAAGGGAGAAAAAGCCAGCUCUUUGGCCACUGAGUAGCUAUGUUCUCAUGCUGACCACUGUAGAGCUCUUCGCAGGUUUGUUUGUCAGCAAGGCCAAGAUGGCAAUGAGUUGUCCCUUUGGGGAGCUCAGUGAUAGCAGCAGACCUGUUCUUAAAUCAAGAUUCAUGGAUCAGCUAGGAUCUCCUGCUGCUUUGUUCCAAGCUGAUACUCAUCUAGCUGAGAAAAUGCCAUUAUCAGGUCCUUCUCACAUCUGCAUUUGGAUAACUGCAGAAAAAAAACAACAAUAACAGGUAUUUGCUAAAAAUAUAGCACAUUAGUGCUGAUUUUUCCAGAGGUGGCUGGCUGCAUUGACUGUGGAGAGUGGAGCCUUCUCAGAUUUGCCAUGGUAUUUUUUACCUUUGGCCAAUGCAGAAAAAUAAUACACUUACAAUAAACAACCUUGGAAAUGCAGUGCUGAGAGCAAUAGCACAAAGCAAGAGGAGCCUUGUUCUACCCAGUCUUCAGGAAGGCUGCUGUCCAAAGGAAGGUGUCAUGAGGAAGCAGUGUUUGGAUCACAGAACUAGCACCCUCACCUGUACUCACAGAACUUGUGGGUCUUUCCAGAAACACAACCUGUGUGUGGCUCACAUUGAUUAUCUUGCCAAAAUAUUUCAUCAGAGAAAGAAAAAAGGUUAAAUAUGGUUUUCAUUUUACUGAAUAUAGAUGCCUCCCAGACAGACAGUUGGAAUAUAGUUUGCAUCUGAUUUUCCCAAUACCAGAAGAGUUUCUUUUCUCUUCUCCUUAACUGUCCUAAAGCCAGGAGUAAGCCUCCUCUGUUGACCAAAAUCUUGCUCUUGCCUUUAGCUUUGGUAUCAGUUUGGUAUUGGUGGACACUGGCAACGAUUUCAUACUCUGCUACAUUUUGUACAAGUAAAUAGCUCCAAGUAGGCCAUACCCAGCUCCAUGCUGAGGCAUGGAGUCAGUACAACAUCCUACAAAGCUUGGAAGCUUUGUUAUUUUUCAGUAAGGACAUUAGAUUGUGCCUGUAAUCAAGGUGGACAAUGCCUCCCUACAGAGUUCUACACUACAGUUCACUGAAUUCAUUUUACAGGAUACUGAGUAGAAUAUAUUUCAGAUAUCUAAAUUGUUUUGGCAUUGGUAAGAAUUAAUCAGUUCUACUUUACCUUUUACACUUUCAAUAUGCAACACAAAAAUGUACAAAAAUACCUUUAAAAGGAAAAUGUGAAACUGCAUUCUUUGCUGAGUGCCUGCAUAUGCCUCUGUAUACAGAUGAAGUACAGCUCAGUAUGUAUGACUUUUGUUUAUGUCUUCCUCUCCAAGCCAAAAAGAAAGCUUCCUGAGAGGCAUUUAAGAUUUGUAGCCUAAAAUUCCAGUGCAGGAAUUAAAAAUACCAGGAAAUUCUUUGGUGAGUCUUCUCCUAACAGUUGUCAAGUACAUUGACCUUUUUCCUACUAUACACACUGCUGUUCUCUGCUUCCUUGGGGAAUGUACAAUCUUAAUUUCAUGUUUGUACUCUGACUAGGUGUUUUUAAACUGUACACUGGUGGUUAGGAUGCUGUGCUUGGUGGCUCUCAUGUCAGCCACUGCCAGCUGUGCCUGUUCUGCCUACUUCACGUGGCUAACAGAGGCACUGUUACAUAAGCAGGGGAGGUUUCAUUAGGAGGCUAUCUGUAAAUUGCAAUGUCUGUAAACCAGAUUGUUAAGAGAUCUUAGUGUUCAGUUCAUCAGUGACUGUCUAUAAAAUAAUUCUGUGUCUGUAAAACUUACAGGAGCAGAAGCUUUAUCUACUUACCUUUUUUUCAUAAAGCUUUUUAAAACCUAGAA